AUGUCCGCAUACUCCUUCAGUGACGUCCUCCCCCUCCCCAAUUCCGCCGUCAAGAUCCCCCGGCUGGGCUUCGGUGUCUACCGCUCCCCGACCAACGUGUGCGUGCAGUCCUGUCUGAAGGCCAUCCAGACCGGCUACCGCCACAUCGACACCGCGCAGUUCUACGCCAACGAGAAGGAGGUCGGCGAGGCCAUCCGUGCGUCCGGCGUCCCGCGCAGCGACCUCUUCGUCACCACCAAGAUCCUCAGCCCCGCCGGCUCCCCCGACGCCACCUACGGCAAGCUCCUCGACAGCGUUGAGAAGAUCGGCGGCCCCGACGGCUAUGUCGACCUGUUCCUCAUCCACAGCUCCAAGUCCGGACCCGCCGGCCGCAAGGAGCUGUGGCAGGCGCUGGAGCGGCUGCUCGAGGAGGGCAAGACGCGGAGCAUCGGCGUGAGUAACUUUGGCGUGCAGCAUAUCGAGGAGAUGAAGUCCUGCACCCGUGGUGCCAGCAGCGCGUGA